UUUAAUAGCAGCAAUUUGCGUAAAUUAUUUUUAACCGAAUUCACGUUUGUUAUUAAUUACAGCGCAAUUAAAAAUUUUAAAUGUCUUAAAUUGAUGACAAAAUUUCGCAGCGUGUCUUGAUUUAACACGUAUUAAUGUAGUAAAUUUACCCGGCAGUUCUUAAGGAAAAAAGGGAAAUAUAUCGGUGAAACUACUAGCAAAUCAUUAACGAUAUAAAUUUGUAGUCAACGCGAUAGAAGAAGCAUAAAAUUCCCGUGCAGUCAUCAUCGCAUCGUACUAUAUACGCAACGAAGAAAACGAAAGCGAAGGCCGAUAGCUAAAGAAAAAAAAAAGAAGGGACAGGGACGGAAAGAACUUAAUUGAAAUUUCAACAAAUUCUAAAUACUUAUUUCUAAAGUUUAAGUUUGUCAAGUGAAAGGAAAUCAUGGCCAAUUUAACAGAGGCCCAGAAAAAAGCCAAGUUAAUUAUUGACCCACCAUCUGAAUUGCGCUUCCGUGGCCCAUUUAAUCAACCAGUAACCACUAAUUUAAAACUUACAAAUCCAUCGGAUGAGGUCAUCUUGUUUAAAAUAAAAACAACUGCUCCAAAGCGUUAUUGUGUACGUCCGAAUUACGGUGAAGUGCCUUCACGUGGAACGGUUACUGUUGAAAUUUCCCUACAGCCAACCAACUACUUUGACCCUUACGAGAGAUGCAAACAUAAAUUUAUGAUUCAGAGUAUUGUUGCUCCAGAUGUAGAAGAAGAUUUCGGCAAGGGUGUGAAUAUUUGGAAGGAAUUGCCAGCUGAUCGUUUUAUGGAUGCGAAAUUGAAAUGUGUUUUCGAAUUGCCAGGAGAAAAUGAAGAUACAACUAAUGUUAAACUGAUUAAAACAGAAACGAUUGCUCCACCAAAACCUAAAGCUGAGGAAAAGAUUUCGAAUGUGGAAAUAUCAGACCAUUCUGAGACACUGGCAAAUGAAAUGAGACAAUUGCGCGAGGAGAACACCAACUUAAGAAAAGAGGUUUUAAAUUUAAAGGAGCAAAUAUUGCGAGUUAGAACCUCACCAACGAAGGCCCCCAUGGGAGAGCCCUAUACACCGGUCAUUGUCGAAAAGCAAAUACCCAUGUUUUACAUAGCGAUUGCAAUCGCCGCUGCCAUCUUUGGCAUUAUAUUGGGAAAAUUUUUAUUCUGAACUUCUCGUUAUUAAAUGUUGUUUAUAGCAAAAGAAAAAAAGGGCAGCUCGUUUAACCAUGAUGCGACUAAGCAAAUUUCCGACUGCACGCUUUAUACACAUUUAACUAAUGAGAAACUAUUGGAAAAAAAGGAAAAAAAACGAAAACUCAGAAUAAAAUGAAAAAACAAUAUUUCAAAGAAAAAUCCCAGAAAA